UCCUCUUCUGAUCUUCAAGGUAAACGUCAGAGACGUCUGGUUGUAACGUUUGGUAUUGUUGCUCCUUGGAUCUCAUUGCUAAGUAGAGCUCCAGUAUCAUUUGCUGCAGAAAGCAAAAAAGGAUUCCUUGCUGUCUCUGACAAUAAGGAUGCUUAUUCGUUUAUCUAUCCAUUUGGGUGGCAGGAAGUUGUGAUUGAGGGUCAAGACAAGGUAUACAAAGAUGUUAUUGAGCCGUUAGAAAGCGUUAGUGUGAAUUUGAUCCCAACUAGCAAACAGACUAUUAAAGAAUUUGGCCCUCCCAAGCAGGUACUGUAUGUUACGUUCCAUUGGAAUGUUACAUUCUUCUCUUCUUAUUUUGGUUUUAAAUUCUCUCAAAAUGUUUGAACUUUGUGUCUG